UCAAGCUCUAAGUCAGCCACACCAACUAACAGUAGCUCAAUCAACCUUCGUGUCCUUCCCGCACCUCCCAGCCUCAACCUGCAAACAAAUAACCUUCUCGGCGAAGUGCGAGCCCUGGCCACACGCGGCCAACUAAACGAAGCACUCUCACUAUUCUACACUCUUCAACCGCCACCAACUCAAACUCACUGCAACCAAACCUACGCCACUCUCUUCUACGCAUGCUCUCGCCACCACUCCCUCCAACAAGGCCUCUCUCUGCACCAUUACAUGCUUGCCCACAACCCCAUUACUCCUCCUGAUCUCUUUGUCACCAACCACCUCAUCAACAUGUACGCCAAAUUCGGCUACUUAGACCAUGCCCACCAUCUGUUCGAUGAAAUGCCCAGAAGAAACCUUGUCACCUGGACCGCUCUCAUUUCCGGGUACGCACAGCGGGGUCGAGCUGAAGCUUGUUUUCGUUUAUUUGCUGCCAUGUUGCUGCAUCACCUCCCGAAUGAGUUUGCAUUUGCCAGCGUGCUAAGUUCGUGUGCUGAUAGUGAUGGCGGAUAUGGCCGGCAGGUACACGCCCUCGCUUUGAAAAUGUGCUUGGAUGCUUGCGUUUACGUUGCGAAUUCUCUCAUUACCAUGUAUAGCAAGGUGUGUGAUCAUGGAGGUGUGUUUGAUGUUAGUAGAGACGAGGCGUGGAAGGUGUUUCGAAGCAUGGAAUCCCGGAAUCUUAUAUCGUGGAAUUCCAUGAUUGCAGGGUUUCAGUGUCGUCGACUUGGAGCUCAAGCUAUUGAUCUGUUUGUACAAAUGCACGUUGAUGGACUCGAGUUUGACCGUGCCACACUUCUCAGCGUCUUAUCUUCCUUGAAUGGAGUAAAUGACAUUGAUGAUGUUGUGGUUACUAAGUUUUGUUAUCAAUUGCAUUGUCUGGUUAUCAAAACCGGGUUUAUAUUAGGAAUUGAAGUGGUCACUGCACUAGUUAAAGCUUAUUCAGAUCUUGGAGGGGAUGCUGCUGACUGUUACAGGCUCUUCUCUGAGACAAGUUGUCAUCGGGAUAUUGUUGCGUGGACAGGCAUUAUGACAAUAUUUUCCGAGCGGGACCCUGAAGAAGCACUCUCCCUUUUUCAUCAAUUACGCAGGGAGAAUUUAGCUCCAGACAGGUAUACCUUCUCAAUUGUUUUAAAAGCCUAUGCAAGCCUUGCAGCCGAGCGCCAUGCCUCAGCAGUUCAUUCUCAAGUUAUUAAAGGUGGGUUUGGGGGUGACACAGUCCUUGCAAACGCCUUGAUCCAUGCCUAUGCUCGGUGUGGCUCCAUUUCCUUGUCUAAACAAGUUUUUGAUGGAAUUGAGUUUCGUGAUGUUGUUUCGUGGAACACAAUGCUCAAGGCUUAUGCCUUGUAUGGACAAGCUACAGAGGCACUGCAGCUAUUUUCACAAAUGGACAUCAAACCCGAUUCUGCUACCUUUGUUUCUCUCCUCUGUGCUUGUAGCCAUGCUGGACUGGUAGCAGAAGGAACCAGAAUCUUUGACUCCAUGCUUGAGAGAUAUGGAAUUAUACCUCUAUGUGAUCAUUAUGCCUGCAUGGUUGACAUUCUUGGUCGAGCUGGACGAGUUGGUGAGGCUGAGAUGCUUGUAAGUAGAAUACCAAUGGAGCCCGAUUCUGUAGUUUGGAGUGCACUCCUUGGAUCGUGUAGGAAGCAUGGAAAUACACAGUUGGCCAAGUUAGCAGCUGAUAGACUGAAGGAGUUGGCUCCAGAGUAUUCAUUAGUUUAUGUACAAAUGUCAAAUAUAUAUAGCUCUGAUGGUAACUUUGGUGAAGCGGGCCUAAUUAGGAAGGAAAUGAAAGGGUCUCGAGUGAAAAAGGAACCUGGAUUAAGCUGGAUUGAGAUCGGAAAUCAGGUUCAUGAGUUCUCCUCUGGAGGCCGACGCCAUCCAGAAAGGACUCUUAUAAGCAGAAAACUAAAAGAACUGAUUGGACGGUUGAGGGAAAUUGGUUAUGUUCCAGAUACAAGCUCAUCCUUGCAUGAUGUGGAAGAGGAGCACAAAGAGGAGCAGCUGUACCAUCAUAGUGAGAAGCUAGCUUUAGUGUUUGCUAUUAUGAAUGAAAGCAGUUUACAUUGUGGUAGGACUGCUAUAAAAAUAAUGAAGAAUAUCAGAGUAUGCGUCGAUUGCCAUAACUUCAUGAAGUUAGCAUCAAAUCUACUUCAAAAGGAUAUUGUUGUGAGAGACUCAAACCGCUUCCACCACUUUAAAGAUGGCAUAUGUUCUUGCAAUGAUUACUGGUAAGCAGUAACAAAGGCAUAUACCUUGCCAAGAUGCCAUGAAUAAGUAUGAGAAGAUUAUCACGCUUCUUAUCUGCAUUUGCAACACCUCUGGAGGAGGAGGAUGCCAAACUUCCCUGGCUGGUACUCAUAGCGUGAGCUCUAAGGCCUUGGUUUCUCCAAAUAUUAUAUGCGCCUAAAAUUAAGAAAAAGCAUGAGAAUUGGAUCAUACUACAUCACAGAAUGUCCUCUAUUCAAGGAAAUUUCUAAUUAUCAGAAGGGAAGGCCAAAUAAGAAGAAGAUCAACAAGAUGAUGAGGACGAUGCCUAGAGCUCCUCCUUAUGAGGCUAGAAAGGCUGUGUUGUAGAGUAGAUUUUGAGCAGUAGACUACCAGAAAACGGUUGGUAGCUCUCUUUGAUGUCAAGUAUUUAUCUGUUACAUGCACAAUAAAAGCUGAAGUAGCUCAUCUUGCUUGAAGUUAUAUCAUAAUCUGAGGAACAAGUCGACAAUGGCCAUUAUUACUUAACUUUCCGAUUUGUUUCAAAGUAAUCGAGUUAAUCCGAUGUUUAGAUUUGAAGCCCAGUCAUUGCAUUGCUUUGGAUUUUGGAAUGCCCAAGUAGGAUAAGAAGAGACUGAACAAAUGGUGGCUCUCUGUGGCUUAUUUCAAAGUUCCAUCACCUAUUGCAAGCAGCAGAAGGUGAUACUGAUAUAUAUAGUAGCAGAAACCAUGAAGGUUGAUUGAGAAAGCUUACUCAUCAGAUCAUGCUUGGAGACAAGGGGCUGACCUUGGUGGAAGUACCCUUAAAUUUCUUGGUAGAUCAAUAUGUGUGUGUGUGUGUGUGUCUGCGUGGUAUGUAAGAAAGUAUGAAUGAGUUGGAAUUGAAUAAUAAUAUAUCAUUUGUUUUCAUGU